CUGACCACCUCGUUACCCCACACGCAGCACCGUGGCGUGCAUAGUAGCAAGUCCAGCUCAACGCACGGACAUGCCAUGCCACCCAGACUUACCUUCUCACCGACCAUCCACCACACUUACCUUAUCACCGACACAAUGCGGCGAUGCGCACUCGUGCCGCCGCCUCAUCUGCGUGAGACAUCCGCGGACUCCGUGGAGUAGCGGAGGCUCUGCUUUCCCUCCCGACCCAACCCGAUGCUCGUACUACCCGUAGUAGGCGUAUAAAAGCCUGGAACCGACGACAUUAUGGCAAGCUCUCCACUCCACUCCAGCCCGACUAAUACCGCAAUAGAGCUGUGACGGCUCUAGCAGAGCUUUAGCAGAGCUUCCAUCCGCCUGCCUGCCUCCUUACCCCUCUUCCGUUCCUCGAUCAACCGCCCAACUAUUCCUCCAUCAACCGCAUUCAACCGCAGUCCACUGCAGCCGCCAUGAGGCGUUCCAAGCUGUUCCUCAUCCUGCUCGCGCUCUCCCUCGUUGUAUCCCUCGCGCUCGCGCCGCUGUGCCAUGCGAGCGAUAUCGCCGCGGAGGACGAUGGGCCUGACGCCGAUGACGCCGAUGACAAUGUGGCCUCGGCCCCUGGUGUCCUGAGCAAGCUGUUUGGCGGGAGCAGGAGGUUCCUGUGGUCGAGUGAGGGGCGCAUGCUGUCGUGCAAGUCGGACUGCGAGGACAAGAACAAGAAGUGCAACACAGAUUACAGCAAGUGUAAGCGCGAGAACAAGGACGACGAGCACGACCACCACAGGUGCACGCACAAGUACAAGAAGUGCAAGAAAAAGGCCAAGAAGUGCCGCUCCAAGUGCGACUAAGCCAGGAGGGUGAAUAAGAUGGCGCUCCCACUUGCUAUGAGAAGUGUAGAGCUUGCAACCCAUGUAAGGGCGUGCCUUCAGCGCCACUUUUGGAAUGCUAUCUUUUGGGAACAUGUACGUAGC